AUGGCCCCAAAGCGGAAGAGGACGGAGAGUGUCCAGGGGAUAUUCUCCAUCGACCCAAAUUCGGAUCCUGGCCUUCGAAGAACACGGCCCAAAGGAGAUCACCCACAGUUUGAGGGAAAUGAAGGUCCUACGGAGCGUCUGAGAAAGAUUCACAUUUUCUUGCGAGACAAUGACGUGGAUCGUAAUGCUGGCUGGAGGUCGAGCUUCGAAGCGGUUAAGCUGUAUCUAAAGUAUGCUGACCAACUGCGGAGAGAAGGCCACAGGGACUUCAAUCCCUAUCUCGUCUCUAUACUGGCCGACUGUGAUCAUAUGGUCAAGGUUCACGAGAGGUUUGAAAGUUGGAACUAUGGACAAAGCCGAUGGUCUACUUAUCCACCUCCACAAGUCUUCAAAUCAAAGCGGCUGGUUCCAUAUGAACAACAACUGCCAACGCCGCCAAACCAAGCCCAAAAAGAGCGCAGGCCUUCGCUCUACACGUCUCUGGUCCCUCGACCCCAUGCAGUGCGUCACUCGCCGUUCAUGGAACUUCACUACACAGACCCCAAUCCAGACUGGGACGCAUAUUUCCAGCACCCAGGUACUCUCAAAAUCUUGAGAUGGUAUACUAGUUUGUACAAUCAUUCAAACAUGUACUGGCAAGCGAGACCUCAGAGGAGGAUCCAAUGGGAGGUAGUGCAGCCUAUGUUGAAGGAUGCGAGUAAUCCGCAGGCGAUCAAUUAUGCAGAACUAGAGAACUUAACAUACGAGCACUAUAUGAAGGGCCAAACGAGAAUUUCCAAGCCCCCAACGCCAAACAUCUCGCACUCUGCAGCAGAAUUCGAGGACAAUGCGAAGACCCGUGGGUAUAGGCGUGCGGCUAUUCAAAAAGUUCUCAACCUGCUUACAAGUAGCGAGAACAGGGGCAUCAACACCCCCUGGAGGCGAGUGAAUUUCCCACACCCGUGGGAAAAGUCGAAGGUUACGCACUUCCACCCCCGAGCCUUAUCUCGCGAGAUUAACACUCUAUCCCCAUCCGUCAAGUUCGAUCGAUGCCUUCAAGAGGAGCCUUCUCGCUGGAUUUUCUGGUAUAAUCAAUGGCUCGAGCAAAUCAACUACUUAUCGGGCUGGACUCGCCAGUCGUACAACAAGCGGUGCUGGAAUGACUUCAAACAAAUCGCUUGGCCUAUAAACUUCCGGGGGCCCUACAACUUCGACAACAAGUGUAUCUACGAUGGGUACUGGCUGAAGAUGGGCAAAAUUCUUGUGACGUUGCAGAAGAACCUAGAGAAGGCCACUGUCACAAACAAGCGUUGGAUGGUGGAGAGGAUUGUGAAAGAUAUCAAGCUGGGCCAAGAAGGAAAGCCGCUUCCGGAUGGGGUUGUGGCACGUCCUGGAGCCGAUCAUCCUCAUUGCAGAAGCACCAGUUACCACCUGAUAGACGAGGUUGAUGUUGCAUGGUUGGAAUUUUUGUGCCUACCGCCUUCGACGAAAGCCCUUGCUGGACUGUCAUUAGCCAAACCAGAGGAUACCCUGACAAUUCUUCUCGACCACCGAAUCCAAACACUUCUCAACGAUAAGCUUCACAAUCCAUUCUGGAUUGAGGAUCAUGUAGAUGGGAAUCCUAAGCCUCAAUGGAGACCACGAGAAAUCGCGAUGAAAGAUCUUCUACCGAUCAUCAAUCGAGUGGGCCGAGAGUUCAGAACACAUACUUGGGACAGCAGUGGAAAGACGACCACAGAGUUUCAAGUGGCUGCAGCGUAUAAUACCAAGCUCAACGACCCACCGAAUGCACUGUAUCAAUUCAGCGUGAAAGAGGCAAGAGAUCAUUGCAAGAAACUUGCCAAGAUGGGUCGCAUCGUGUACAAAUGCCCAGAGGAUCCUAAAAAGAUCACUGAGCAGUGGUGGUCAGGUGAAGGACAACUGUACUACUACCCUUCUCACAAUCAUAAAGAGGAGGGCGGGUUUGUUUGCUCGCUGAACCCGGGAAUCAACCCUGAGAACAACCACGAGAUGUAUUCAGAGACCAACCUGUCAAGAAAUCCCAUGAGAUACCCGGAAGAGCGCAUACGGUGGCGUCAUCAGUCUGCUCAAGAUGUCAGUAACUACAACAGGGACCUGCAAUACAUCUAUGCCAGUGAGAUGGUUCGGCGCAACCGUCAGAUGGACGUGGACAUACAGCCAUCUAUGGAGUUUUAUAUGGAUGAUUUCCUAGAGGAAAUUGUCUACAAGCGAGGACCCAAGUUCGGUCCAACGAGCGUUGAAGCUCGGCGCAAAGCCCCCAGCUGGAACGACCUCUUGGACUACAAGACAAUCAUCCAGAGAGACCUGGGAUAUUCUUGGAGAACCAUCAACUUUCUCCGCAACCUUGCCUUCCGCAUGGGCCGAACCAUCAGACACUAUGAGCAGCUGAGAGUACGCACCUCAACAGCAUCAGGGUUUACCCGCGGGCAUCUCCAUGCAGGGCUGGACACCUGGAAAAAGUACGUAGACGAGACAUGGCCGAACAAGGAUGACGAUAAUGACCAGACCUCUGUGCCUUUUCGUGCAUCAAAACCAAACGAAAUUCUCAGGCAUAUUGACGGAAAUCAUGCCGACCUCGAGCGCACCUGCAUGACAACUGUCUUUAGGAGUAUCCGUCAUGGUAUCAUCGAUGAUAUGGUGCAGAACCGUACGAUGAUUUAUCCCUCCCGAAAUACCAUGUAUGGUGAUAGGAGCAAGUUCCUUGGACAAUAUUUCGAGAGAGCGGACAUAUGGAGCUGGGGUAAAGAGCCGGUAAGACGCCGCCAUGCCCCUUACAGGCGGGAGCGAUACUUUGAUAUGCGGCGUUGGCCAUUGAACCGGCAAGAAAAUGAUACACGAGACAAGAUCUCCUCGCGUGCAGACGAAGAUCCCAAGAUACAGCCCGUGUCAGCACUAUACAAGUACGACUUGAAGGUUGGACCAAUCACCAAAGAACCUAAAAGAUGGGAAGAGAUCUCGAGGACUAUCAGAAGACUCAAUGAUCCACAAAAGGAAACAAGAGCACAUCAAUUACUCAACUCAGUGUCCAAGAUGAUCGGUGCCUCGGUAGGUAUUGCAAGCAAUGGCAAUACAAAAGAGAAACACUGGGAAUUCAGACUCGUCCCGCCAGUCGAUACACCUCAGAGCGACCAAAGGACAACGUUGAAGCCUCAUGCGCACGACGAGCCGGAAGGGGGGAGGCGGCCGAAAGAAGUCUUCAUUCCGGGACCAGCGGUGUUCCCUAUGGGCGAUACACUCCUGCAACAGGUGAAAAUGAGCAGUGAGCUCGAAAAGAUCUUGGAUCCUAAACCAACCAGUAUUCUGGGCCAGAUUGUCAGCUUCAUAAAGCCACCGCCUGAGCGCAUCCCUUUGUUACCUGAGAUCGACACAAACCGGAUGCCGCGAAGCUCGGCCACGAAGCGCAAGUUGCCAAACUCCUUUGUCGCCCCUCCGCGUCCCCUGAAGGUGAUAAAGAAAGAAGAGGACGACCAUAGCGAAUGGAGUGUAAAGCCCUCUGAUGGAGUCAAGUCCGAAGAGAUUUUUGGCGGACUCAAGACCGAAGACGUAGCCGGUUGGCUUGGUGGGCGGAACUCUCUAGUGAUCAGAACGACAGGCGUUGAUGAUGAUCCCAUAACAUCCUCCAACAUAAUCACCGCAGAGACAAAGGUCAGGGUCCAUCACAAUGGCACCAUCGAAGGAGUGAUUCGCCCGGAUAUUAGUCACCCGGGGAAGCCAGAUUUCACCGGCAACAACAAGCCCACAUUCAAUGUAGACGCCAGACCUACCGCCUUUGAUCUGGGCCCUUCGGUUCUUCCACUCGGCAAUAUUGGUCCUCCUACUGCAUUUCAAGGUGUGCAAGGCCCUUCGAGCACUCCAGCCCCAAGACCAGACCCCGAACGCAGGCGGCAAAUUAGUGCGGCUAGCGAUAUAGACCUGACGCUUCCGUCCCUGCUAUCCCCAGAUGACAAGAGCGGUUCUCUUCAGGGUACACAGCCGUCCAAACCUCAGGCGCCACAGGUUAUCAGAUUCCCCCCAGGCGUGGGCGCACAACCCUUACCCGCCACGAGCGGAUUGGUUAUCCCGGGGCCCGAUGCUGUUAUAGAUUACCCAGAGUUGCCCCAGUCCCCGAGGUCCGAUCCUUCUAUCGAAUACCCAGAGUUGCCUCAGCCUCCGAGUCCAAGUGGAUCUAAGAAGGUAUUCGUGCCUACUUCGGCUCGACAAUUUCCGCAAUCAGUCCUGCCUACUCCAGAGUCAACACCAACUCACGUUGUUUCAACGCCCCAAGAUCAAACCCCCGAACGCCAAUCAUGGUCGGCCCGCUUGGAGCAGUGGUUCGACGAGAUGUUCCCACAGGGUUACAGACAGAUCCCAACCGCCUCGAACUUCGCCGAGUGCGCAUACUACGCCAUCAUCGAGAGCAUCAAGGCGCAGUAUCCAGGUCGGCGAGUGCCGACGGUGAACGAGCUGCGUAACUCGUUCAAUCACCCGCGCAAUGCUUCCAUCGUAGCCUCGAGGAAGGCGCUCACCGCGAUGGGUGACGAGGCCGGUGCCCUGGUUUCAAACGUGAACAACCUGACUGCCGACCAGGCGGGUGCCAGUCUGUACGACUGGGGACUACAGAUCGGCUAUCAUUACCAGCUGUGCGUCGUAUUCGGCCGCAAUGCCACGCGCCUGCUGCCUAUCGGUAUCCCCAGCCCGCCGCCGGGCACCCAGAUCGACCGUCUCUGGAUACACAACGACGAGACGGACGAGGCGUCUGCUCGGCAGAUCGCGAACGAGGUCCAAAGGCGCAAGGCAAAUGGUGGUACUCUGGACAUGGCGCGCAUCCAGGCAGAUUUGGGCGUACAGAACCACUUCUCCGGCCUUGGUCCUCGUGGACCCCCCGUCACAAGGCCUUAA